AUGAACCACAACAAUAACAAGAUUGUCCAUGGAAUAGAUUGGAUUCGACAUGAUUUCAACUUGACGCCCGAGAACUUUAAAGCCAUUGUGUAUGGAUUUAAGGCCGAGUGUGAAAAAGGGCUCAGCACACCUACAGCAACAGGACUUGCAACCAUGAUUCCUUCAUAUGUAACACGAAUGCCUACUGGCAAGGAGACAGGGACCUAUCUCGCACUUGAUUUAGGUGGAAGCACCCUACGUGUGUGUGCUGUAUGCCUUUUGGGUGAAGGCCAAGUGAAGGUUACUGAGGUGCGAAAGACGAUAUCCGAUCAGCUACGAACGAGCACCACCGAUACCUUUUUUGACUGGAUAGCAGAUACUGUGGCCGAGCUCUUGGGAAAAAUCCCAUCAUCACAACAUCAACAAGCGGAUAAACCAGCCGUUGCUAUGGGAGUCUCUUGGAGUUUUCCUCUCGAUCAGACUGGUAUCUCCAAGGGCAAGAUAUUGAGGAUGGGUAAAGGCUUUGUACUCUCUGACAUUGAAGGAAAUGAUCUUGCCACCUUGUUUCAUCAAGGCUUUCAACGCAAGGGGUUGAAUGUCAUUGUUACUGCACUUGUAAACGAUACGAUUGGCGCUUUGGUGGCACAUGCAUAUUCCAAUCCACAAGCUCGUGUUGGUUUCAUCUAUGGAACAGGUGUUAAUGCUGCGUAUCCAGAAAAGGUGUCACGCAUGAUCAAGUUGAAUGUAGCUGAGUGGCGAGAUACAACGACUGAAAUGUUGGUCAAUACAGAGCUUGAUAUCUUUGGCAGUGAUGGAGACUAUCUACCACGAACGCGUUUCGAUCAUGCAUUGGAUGCUAGCCAUGCACAGCCUGGAUUCCAACCUUAUGAAAAGAUGAUGUCGGGUGCUUACCUUGGAGAGCUUGUACGUCUCGUGGUGGUCGAUCUUGUGACACAUCACGGAUUGUUUGGAGGAGUCGCUCCCAGCCUUUUGCAGACGCCAUGGCAAUUUUUGACGUUGCACAUGAGUGAGAUUGAAGCCAUCAGCAACACCGAUCGCCUUAUCGAAUACCUUGCCAACCUCUUCCAUUUUACACCCAAUGAACAAGACGCCCUCCUAUUUAAAAGCGUUUGUGAAAUGGUAUCCACGCGAGCAGCUGGUCUAGCCGCUGCAGGUAUUGCCGCCAUGAUUGAACAACAAUCCUUUACACCCGAACAAGAUAUCGUCAUUGGCAUUAAUGGAACCACCUUUGAGCGUUAUCCACGCAUGCCAGAAAGAAUGCACUCAUUCUUGAGUGAUUGGUUUGGGAAGGAUAUUGGCUCACGUAUAAAAUUACAAGUGGCUCGUGAUGGUGGUAGUAUUGGAGCGGCCUUGGUUGCUAUGCUUUAUAGCCCAUCCUCUUUAUCUACAAGAUCAUCACCUGAAACAAAAGCAAAGACAUUAUCCUCCUCAACCAGCUCCACACCUGACGACAAGAGUACAACAGCGAUUACAACCGAUACACUAUCCAACAACAACAACAAGCAUAAUAACGACAUCAAGACGACCCCUACUAGUAUCAAGGCAUGGCUUUUACAAUACGUUUUAUGUUGUUUUCCUACUAGAAAAACAGAAAUGUCAUCAUUGCCUAUAGAGAAAUAA